CCGACCGAGUCCGUGCUCGCGCCGGCCGAGGCGCUGAGGGGCUGAGGAGCCAUGGCGGCGCGGGGCGCCCCCUCCCCCGGGCCCCGCCGCCUCCUGCCGCCGCUGCUGCUGCUGCUGCUGCUGCUGCUGCUGCUGCCGGGGGGCGCCGGAGCCGGCGUUCGAACGUUCACUCCAUUCUACUUCCUUGCGGAACCGGCCGACACUCUCUCAGUCAGGGGCGCCUCUGUUAUACUAAACUGCUCAGCGCACUCAGAGCCUUCUCCAAAGAUCGAGUGGAAAAAAGAUGGGACGUUUCUAAACCUGGUGUCCGAUGACCGGCGGCAGCUUCUCCCCGACGGCUCUCUGCUCUUCAGCAGUGUGGUCCACUCCAAGCACAACAGGCCCGACGAAGGCCACUACCAGUGUGUGGCCACCGCGGAGAGUCUGGGGACCAUCGUGAGCAGGACCGCCAGGCUCACGGUGGCAGGUCUCCCGAGAUUUGCCAGCCAGCCAGAAGCCUCUUCGGUUUAUGCUGGGAACAGUGCUGUUCUCAACUGUGAAGUCAAUGCAGACUUAGCCCCCUUUGUAAGGUGGGAACAGAACAGACAGCCUCUUCUUCUGGACGAUCGAGUUCACAAGCUCCCAGGUGGAACUCUGGUAGUGAGCAACGCAACGGCAGGGGACGCGGGCCUUUACCGCUGCGUGGUGGAAGGCGGAGGCCCCCCCAAGUACAGUGACGAGGCGGAGCUCACUGUCCUCCCAGAUACUGCGGUUCCAUCAGACUUAGUGUUUUUGAAACAGCCAUCUUCACUAGUCAGAGCCAGAGGCCAGAGGGCGGUCUUACCGUGCGUGGCUGCAGGACUGCCCACCCCAGCUGUCCGAUGGAUGAAGGGUGAGGAGGCGCUCGCCACAGGAAGCUCUGACAGACUGGCUCUGCUGGCGGGCGGCACUCUGGAGAUCAGUGAUGUCACCGAGGAGGAUGCGGGAGCCUAUGUCUGUGUGGCCGAGAACGGAAACAAGACCCUCGAAGCCAGAGCAGAGCUGACGGUACAAGCCCAGCCUGAGUUCGUGAAGCAGCCUGCUAACAUGUAUGCUCACGAGUCGAUGGAUGUCACGUUUGAGUGUGAAGUGACUGGAAAGCCGACUCCAGCCGUGAAGUGGGUCAAGAAUGGGGACGUGGUCAUCCCAAGUGACUACUUCAAGAUUGUAAAGGAACAUAAUCUUCAGGUGUUGGGCCUGGUGAAGUCCGACGAAGGCUUCUAUCAGUGCAUCGCUGAGAAUGACGUCGGGAACGCUCAGGCUGGAGCCCAGCUGAUAAUCCUCGAGCACGAUGUUGCCAUCCCUACACCACCUCCCACCUCACUGACCAGUGCCGCUACUGAUCACCUAGCGCCAGCCACGGCGGGACCCCUGCCCUCGGCCCCACGGGACGUCGUGGCCUCUCUCGUCUCCACCCGCUUCAUCAAACUGACGUGGCGGACGCCAGCCUCAGACCCUGCUGGGGACAACCUGACCUACUCUGUCUUCUAUACCAAGGAGGGCACCGCCAGGGAGCGCGUGGAGAAUACCAGUCGCCCGGGAGAGAUGCAGGUGACCGUUCAGGGCCUCAUGCCGGCGACGGUGUACGUCUUCAGAGUCCUGGCCCAGAACAGGCACGGCUCUGGGGAGAGCUCCGCCCCGCUGCGUGUGGAGACACAGCCCGAAGUCCAGCUCCCUGGCCCGGCACCCAACAUCCGAGCGUACGCACCGUCGCCCACUUCCAUCACUGUCACCUGGGAAACGCCUCAGUCUGGCAAUGGGGACAUUCAGAACUACAAGCUGUACUAUGCGGAGAGAGGGGCGGACAGAGAGCAGGACGUGGACGUUCCCGGCCACUCCCACACCAUCGGCGGGCUGAAGAAGUACACAGAAUAUACAUUCCGGGUGGUGGCCUACAACAAGCACGGCCCGGGAGUCUCCACACAGGAUGUCGCCGCUCGGACCCUGUCAGACGCUCCCAGUGCCGCGCCCCAGAACCUGUCUGUGGAAGUGAGAAACUCAAAGAGCGUCGUGAUUCACUGGCAGCCACCGCCCCUGGCCACACAGAACGGCCAGCUCACCGGCUACAAGAUCCGCUACCGGAAGGCCUCCCGCAAGAGUGACGUCACCGAGGCUGUGGUGACGGGGACCCAGCUGUCUCAGCUGGUGGAAGGUCUCGACCGGGGCACCGAAUAUAACUUCCGAGUGGCUGCGCUGACCGUCAACGGCACAGGCCCGGCUACCGACUGGAUGUCCGCAGAGACUUUCGAGAGCGAUCUGGACGAAACCCGUGUCCCUGAGGUGCCGAGCUCUCUCCACGUCCGCCCGCUGGUGACCAGCAUCGUGGUGAGCUGGACGCCCCCCGAGAACCAGAACAUCGUGGUCCGAGGCUACGCCAUCGGCUACGGUGUUGGCAGCCCUCACGCCCAGACCAUCCGAGUGGACCACAAGCAGCGCUACUACACCAUCGAGAACCUGGACCCCAGCUCUCACUACGUGAUCACCCUGAAAGCGUUCAACAACGUGGGCGAAGGCAUCCCCCUGUAUGAAAGUGCCGUGACCAGGCCUCACACGGACGCUUCCGAGGUUGAUUUACUUGUUGUUGAUGCUCCACACACUCCAGUGCCCGACCCCACCCCCAUGAUGCCCCCCGUGGGAGUUCAGGCGUCCACCCUGAGUCACGACGCCAUCAGAGUCACCUGGGCGGACAACUCCCUGCCCAAACACCAGAAGGUCACCGACUCCCGCUACUACACCGUCCGGUGGAAGACCAACGUCCCCGCGAACACCAAGUACAAGCACGCGAACGCCACCGCGCUGAGCUACCUGGCGACCGGCUUGAAGCCGAACACCCUGUACGAGUUCUCGGUGAUGGUGGCCAAGGGCCGCAGGUCCAGCACCUGGAGCAUGACGGCCCACGGGACCACCUUCGAGUUCGUCCCUACUUCCCCACCCAAGGACGUGACUGUUGUGAGUAAGGAGGGGAAGCCGAGGACCAUCAUUGUGAACUGGCAGCCUCCCUCGGAAGCCAAUGGCAAAAUCACAGGUUACAUCAUCUACUACAGCACCGACGUGAACGCGGAGAUUCACGACUGGGUGAUCGAGCCCGUGCUGGGCAACAGGCUGACUCACCAGAUCCAGGAGCUGACCCUCGACACGCCCUACUACUUCAGGAUCCAGGCCCGGAACUCCAAGGGCAUGGGGCCCAUGUCGGAGGCCGUCCAGUUCCGGACUCCCAAAGCGGACUCCUCUGAUAAAAUGCCUAAUGACCAAGCCUCAGGGUCUGCAGGAAAAGGAAGCCGGCUGCCGGACCUGGGAUCUGACUUCAAGCCCCCGAUGAGUGGCAGUAACAGCCCUCACGGCAGCCCCACGUCGCCCCUGGACAGCAGCGUGCUCCUGGUCAUCAUCGUCUCCGUGGGGGUGGUCACCGUCGUCGUGGUCGUGGUCAUCGCUGUCUUCUGCACCAGACGCACCACCUCGCACCAGAGGAAGAAACGAGCGGCCUGCAAAUCCGUGAACGGCUCCCACAAGUAUAAGGGGAACUGCAAGGACGUCAAGCCCCCCGACCUCUGGAUCCAUCAUGAGAGGCUGGAGCUGAAGCCCAUCGAUAAGUCUCCAGACCCCAACCCCAUCAUGACCGACACGCCCAUUCCCCGGAACUCGCAGGACAUCACGCCCGUGGGCAACUCCCUGGACGGCAGCAUCCACCAGAGAAGAGACUCGUACAGAGGGCACGAGUCAGAAGAUAGCAUGUCUACACUGGCCGGAAGGCGGGGGAUGAGACCCAAAAUGAUGAUGCCCUUUGACUCCCAGCCGCCCCAGCCCGUGGUUAGUGCCCAUCCCAUCCAUCCUCUCGAUAGCCCUCACAACCAUUUCCACUCCAGCAGCCUCGCUUCUCCAGCCCGCAGCCACCUCUACCACCCGGGCAGCCCCUGGCCGGCGGGCACGGGCCUGGCCCUCGGUGACAGGGCCCCGUCCACAGAGUCCGUCCGCAACACGCCCGGCUCGGACACCGGACCGGGCCCCGCCGCGCAGACGUGCCGCUCCGACCACCAGGACCCCGAGGCCGCGGGCUCCCAGGAGGAGGAGUCGGGCCCCGGUCUGCCCACCGCCCACGUGCGCCCUUCCCACCCGCUGAAGAGCUUCGCCGCGCCCCCGGGGCCCCCCGCCUACGACCCCGCCCUGCCCAGCACGCCUCUGCUCUCCCAGCAAGCCCUCGGCCACCCCCUGCACGCGGUGAAGACGGCCUCCGUCGGCACCCUGGGCCGGAGCCGGCCGCCCAUGCCGGUCGUGGUGCCCAGCGCCCCCGACGUGCAGGAGACGACGCGGAUGCUGGACGACUCGGAGAGCAGCUACGAGCCAGACGAGCUGACCAAAGAGAUGGCCCACCUGGAAGGGCUCAUGAAGGACCUUCACGCCAUCACCACGGCGUGACGCCUCCGGGCCGCGGGCGUCUCGGGACCGGCCCGGCCUCACCGCGGGGCCUUGUACAGAGUGGGGGCGGCGCGGCCUUGGACCCUUGGACCCGGCGGGCCGGAGUGGACGCCGCCUCCCUCCGCCGCAGGCUCCUGGGCCGAGCGGAGGGGCUGAGGACGCUGACCGCUGGCCCGCUGGCCCGCUGGCUGUCUGCGAGCUGUCCGUGGUCCUGAUGACUGCCGGGGCCUGCCCCUCAUCACUGUGACAACACAGACCUACGGGACUACGGGACUACGGGCCGGGACGCCGCAGCUCAGUAUUGGGGUGGGGGCGGGGACCUGGGGACGGGUGGAGGGCCAGGAGGGCUGUGAGGGUCUCGGUCGUGUACUUUCUUCCAGAAGCCGCAGAGUGGCGCACCCCUCCCUGUCCCCUCACUGUCCUCCCCGCCGUGUCCGCCCCUUGGUCCCGUGGGAUCUGGUCAGACUCUUGUGUGCAGGAGGUGGGUCCGAGGACUCGGGAACCCCCGGCCGAGCGCCAGGUGCUGUCUUUCUUGCUGUGGGGUGCCCUAGCCCCAGGGGUCAGGGCGGAGCCCCCACGCGCCCAGCCAGCCCCCGAGGGACGCUGGGAAGCCUCUGCCUUAACACGCAUUCUGUGUCCCCAGAGGGCCGGGCUGAGGCGCUUCUCAGACGCCAAGACCGUUAGACACUACAGGGCGAGCGGGGUCCUCACGGUGCCCCCAGCAGGCCCGUCCCCCAGUCCCGGAGGCUCGAGGCUCGGGCAGACCGCCACCUUUGUACUUCAGUCUCCCCCCCCCCCCCCCGUGCGGGGCACAGUCUCUUUCUAUCUAUUAUGUGAGGGCGUGAGCUCCCAGCCCCCUUCUGCCCCAAGAAACAGCAGGUCUGGCCCUCACAGCCCUGUCACCGCGGCCUCAGCACCCAGACCCCACGAGUGGGCGGGCGGCGGCUCUUUUUAAAUACAGGAACUCUCCAGAGUUGGGGGAUUUUUUUUUUUAAUUCAGAAAAAAGGAAAGCUAUUCUGUAUCGCACCUUUUCACAGUUUAAUACAUUUUCUUACAUUUCCUGUGACUUUUGGAAGGAAACCAUCGUGUGUCUCGUCAGCUGCCGCCAGCCCCAAGGCUUCCUGCGGGGGCGACGGGCGGCCUCUGUAGCACUUGCCCGGCCUUUUCUGUAGUUGAUGCUGUAAACUCUAUGGCUUUUUAAACAAUUUCAUGUUUUUAUUUAGUGUUGGGAGUCCAAUACACUUUUUUAAUCCAA